AUGACGCCGCCAAUACUCCCCCUACUUGGAUUGCUGUCUGCUUUGAGUGCGGCAGCCUCAGCAUGCCUACCAAAACCGCUUCCUGCUGGUCAAUCCAUUGGAGGUGUCUCAAAUGUAACAAUCACGAGCAGAGGGCUACAGCGCAGCUAUCUCAUCUCUAUUCCACCUCUGUACGAUUCAGAGACCCCAACUCCCGUGAUUUUAUCGUAUCAUGGUGGCGACCGUACGGCGGAUGAUCAGCUCCAGCUCGAUCAACUGACCAACCCGGACUUCAACACGAGGGCUUUUGUCGUGUAUCCCCAAGGCAUCAACAACAAGUGGCAAGGAGUCCCUGGAGACACAACCAACGAUAUCCAAUUUACAGACGACAUUCUCAAACAGAUUGAUUCGAAAUAUUGCAUCGAUACAACCCGUGUCUGGGCGACUGGGAAGUCGGAUGGAGGUGGCUUUUGUAACGUUCUUGCCUGCAACACAGAGAUGUCUACGCGUUUUGCAGCUUUUGCCCCCGUCUCAGGCGCAUAUUAUAUCGACACUCUAUCAUGCAUGCCUUCGACAGUUGAUAUUCCCUGCAAUGCCUCGCGAAAAGACAUUCCUUUUCUUGCAUUCCACGGCGGAAAUGAUACCACUAUUUCCUACUGGGGCGGCGAGCGCAAGAAUGAGUGUCUACCGACGAUCCCGCAUUUCAUUCGAGAGUGGGCUGCGCGAGAUGAACUGGUCAGUCAACGGAAUAUUACAAUUUCACUGGCUCCCGACACUGUCAUCUACUCAUUUGGUCUUACUGGGCUUGUGCGAUUGGUCUAUGACUCGGUGAUUGGCCAUGACUGGCCCAGCACUGUCCCCAAUGCCGAUAACGAGGAGGCCGGUCAUCAUCCUGCCAGUUUUAACGCUACACCGAUUAUCUUGGACUUUUUUGAGAAGCAUUAUCUGGUUUUGUGA